GUGGCAGCCAGCCAUUGCGGUAGGGCUGGCGUCACGGCGCCAGUCGCGCGUCGCGCCGGACAAGACCAGUCGCACACUGUCCACAACGAGGACCCGCAAGGCGUCAAAUCGCGCGGCGGCUGGUUCAUGACGCCGUGAGCCCGCGCCCACGCCCGGUCAGCGACAGCCUCAAAGCCUUGCCCCAGAAACCUACCUCCCCGUUUCACGAGGCGCGGCCAUUAGUAAAAGUCCACCGCCAUCGUGCGUGAGGGGAGGAGGGGGAGGUGCUCAGGUGAGGCGACCAGGCCAGCGGUAUAAAGAGCGAGUUACUACUGCUCCCACCACUGAGCCGUUGCCGUUGCCGUUGCCGAGACCAACGAAAGAGGUGCCCCCUGCCCGCCGGCCCGGCCAACCUCGCGAGAGCGUGCGUGGGGAUGCAGCAGAUGGAGUGGGACACGAGAGGAGGAGGAGGAGGAGGAGGAGGAGGAGGAGGAGGGCACGGUGGCGCUGUCGGGGACGGUGGGCCGAGAGGAGGAGGCCUCACAGUCGGAGGCGUUGCUGUCGGGGUAGCGGACCAGCAGCGCGUGGAGGCGCACUACCGCGGCGUCCGGAAGCGGCCGUGGGGCCGGUACGCGGCGGAGAUCCGCGACCCCUGGAGGAAGACGCGCGUGUGGCUGGGCACCUACGACACGCCCGUCGAUGCGGCCAUGGCAUACGACCGCGCCGCCGUCGCGCUGCGCGGCGCCAAGGCCAGGACCAACUUCGCCGCCGGGCGCGGCUCCCGCGCCACUCCCCCCGUCCAGGCUCGCCCGCUCCCGUACCCCGCGCUGGCGCCGGGCCACUUCGGCGUGCUCGACGGCGCCCGCUCGUCGCCCUGGCACGUCGUCUACCUCCCACCGCCUAGGCUGCACCACGCCGUGGCGCCGCCGAUGCCUCUCGUGGCAGUGGCAGGGGACGCCGCCUCGUCGCUGCCGUCCACGGCGCUGGAGCUCCGGACAGGGCCCAAGGCCCUCCCGUUCGACCUCAACGAGCCGCCGUCGCUGCUGUUGGGCUCGCGGUCUCCAUAAUGGACGUGGAGACGGAGGUGAUGGUAGGUCAGUAGUAUCGAGUAGGGAUCAUCGACCAUUGAACUAGGUGGUAGGAUUGACUAGUGAGGGUAAUCAACUGGUGGGAGUGGAGACCAUCGCUCCGGUUGUAUAUAUCUACCAGAACCUAUUUUAGGAGAUCUUGUCUUUCUCGUAUUCGUUCAUGUUCUUGUUCCCAUCUCCUUUUCCACAAGUUCGUUUGGUGUCUCGUCGGCGGCGCGCUUU